GAACUACAUUUCCCAGAAUCUACGUGACUGUGUCACGUGAUCUGGCGCCAAAACUUGGACGCUGAGUUGCGGAGCGGCGACUGGGAAAGUGGAUGGCGAGAUGUCAUCCAAUGGCAGCGUGACCACAGUUCAGCUUCCGUCCAUUGGCCAAGCUGAGCAACUGCAAAUCCAUUUCUUGCCAUGUGAGAUUGAGCAUGAUGGACCAGCUCAGGUCUCUCGUUAUUUCACAACUGUAGUACAGGACCAUAAACAUGAAAUAAGUGUGUCGUACAGGGGCCGUGAGCUCAAAGGAGCAGAGGUGAGCUGUCCAAAAGGCUACACCGGUCUUGUGAUGAAAGAGGACCACAAGCCAUCCUCGGAUCAAGAGGAUCGAACGGUGAGGAUCUCCUCAACAUUUCACCGCUUCAGCUAUUGGAACCUUACGACAAAACCCAGCUCUGAUGAUGGCGUUGUCAUGGCAAUGACAUGGCCAACAUUAGCAGACGCAAUUCACGGGUCUGUUUCCGACUGAUGGAAGAUUGUGAAGACAACCUAUGGCCUGCUGUCCAGCUGCACUCUUCCCUUUCCAUAGCUGUGUCAACCAGAUUCUUAGUACCUAUAGUCAAGCCACACAAACAAGCUGGCCGAACUCUUCUUUAUUCCAGAAUCGAUCUGGGUCUGUGCUUUUCCUUAGGAGACUGGCCUACAAAUGCCAUGACAGGCAAGUUGGCUUCUUUUAGUUAAACUAUGCCAAUUUACCUAUAAAACGGCUGACAUUGCAGAAUAGAAGCAUCUCACAGAGAAGAGCUGAGCACUUCAUUCUGCAGCAAUUUCAUUUAUUCUCUAUCUCCCCUAGUACAUGUCAUGUCUAUUUUGAGAGGCUGGAUGUCAUAAGGCAGAUUUAAGAACAAGUACUGUAGUUGAAGCCUGUAGUGAAGAUCUGACAGUUCUAAAUAUCAUGUGUCACACUAGCAGUAGGUAUAAAUAUGCAGUGCUGUGGGAUUUCUGUCUGGUUUAUUUCUAUAGCUUUAGUGUAGCAUUUGUUUUGCUGAACCUGUGUGUUUUUUUCCAUGUUAUCCCUGGGGGUUGAUUGUUAAUAAAUCAUUUUAAUUAAA